UCCAUAAAUCUCCAUUGAAUGAAUUUGUAUAGCUUUUUAGCCAACAAAACGUUCUUCCAACCAUCUUCUUCUUCAUAAGUACUGCCUUCACUGUUGUUUCCAUACAUGGAAAAUUAUCAAAUGUUUUUCCCUAUUUCUUCAUCCCCUUCAGAAGCAAACAUGGCACCUAAUAGUUGUCAAGCUUUUAACAGUUUUCAUGGGGAUAGCUCAAAUGGGUUGUUGUUGGAUUGGAAGAGUAGCAGUAGUAUAAAUGCAGAAAACUGCUUCAUCCAGAAACCAGAAGUUGAAGAAACUGAUAAUCAGAUGAUGAAACCAACAUCAGUUGGUAAACAAAAGGCAAAGAAGAUUAGGAAACAAAGAUAUGCGUUUGAAACGAGGAGUCAAGUUGAUGUACUUGAUGAUGGAUAUCAUUGGAGGAAAUAUGGGCAAAAAGCUGUUAAGGACAACAAAUUCCCAAGAAGCUACUAUCGAUGCACACAUCAAGGAUGCAACGUAAAGAAGCAAGUCCAACGUCUAACCAAAGAUGAAAGUGUGGUUGUGACGACUUAUGAGGGCAUGCACACUCAUCCCAUUCACAAACCAACUGAUAACUUUGAACACAUCUUGAAUCAGAUGCAUAUCUAUAAACCCUUUUGAAAGCAAUCAUACAUAUACGCCCACCCACGUCAGGAUUUGAAUCUCCAACAUUUAUAACUGUUUCUUUUUAUUUUUAGAUUACAGUCUCGUUGUAAAAAAAAAAAAAACAAUAUUUUUAUUUUUAAUUUGUUUUGGUUUUUCUACUCUUAUACUAGACAUGGGAGGGCAAUUCAAACUUGAAAUAUUACUUGUGAGGUUGUAUGUGAUAUUCUUAUUGAU